UUGCAAGUUUGACCUUUGGACUAUCAAUAGGUGUGUCUGCUCUGAUUAUGUUUCCAAAUUUGUCAAUAUCAUUCCGCUGGAUAUGGGCGGGGCUAAACAAGUGCUUUACCAAAACAAGUUGCGUGCCUGCACAGACACGAGAGAAAGACGAGUUGUGGAGCAGAGGAGAAGUCAUAAAGUCCGGAGAAGAAAGCGAAUGAACCGAUAAACACUGAAUAGAAGCUAAGAGCAGAGACACCGCUGGGGCGUCAGGCCUAUUGUUAGAGGUGGUUGAAGAUGGACCCCAACAGUGAGACCAAGAUGAUGACCUCUAACCUCUCUGAGACCCAGAAACUUAACCCAUCCAGAGAACCAGGCAGCAGCUGGCUGCUGGUGGUAGCGGCUGGAACAGCCUCUCUGAGCGGCCUGAUGCUGGGCUAUGAAUUGGGCCUGACCUCUGGAGUCCUGCUGCAGCUGCGGGGUCUCCUCUCCCUCUCCUGCCGGGAACAAGAACUGCUGGUCAGCUCCAUCCUGCUCGGCGCUCUCCUCGUCUGCCUGGCCGGAGGUCCUAUUCUGGAUCGCUACGGCCGCCGCUGCUCUCUGCUCCUGAGCGCCUCCGUGGUGGUCGUAGGGAGCGUCGUGCACAUCGCAGUCACCUCAUUUAUUGCAAUCACGCUGGGCCGGGUGAUAGUCGGCAUGGGAACGGCGCUGUCGGGGACGGCAGCCUGUCUGUACAUUGCGGAGAUCUCCCCGAGGGAGAGGAGGGGUCUGCUGGUGACGUUGUAUGAGUUGAUGUUGGUUGUGGGUGUAAUGCUGGGAUUCAGCUGUAGUUACGCCUUCGCUACCGUGCCCAAUGGCUGGGCGUUUACAUUUGGACUGGUAAUCCCCCCAGCGCUGCUGCAGAUCGGUGUACUCAUAUUCCUCCCACCCAGUCCACGCUUCCUGGUUACCCAGGGUAAAGUGGAGCGAGCCAGGAUAGUGCUGGCCAGAAUGAGAGGUGGGGUUCAGGUGCAUGUGGAAAAGGAGCUCAGGGACAUCCAGGCAGGACUUAAAGAGGAAUCAGAGCAUAGUUUCUGGGAGUUGUUUAGUACCAAGGCCAACUUGCGUUCACGGCUGCUAACAGGCGUGGCCUUAGUCUUCCUUCAGCAGGCUACAGGUCAGCCUAACAUCCUCUACUACGCUUCACCACUUCUACGCAGCGUAGGCUUCAACAGUGACGCCGCGGCAACUUUGGCCUCCACAGGGUUCGGAGUGGUGAAGGUAGUCGGCACCAUCCCGGCCGUGCUGCUGGUCGACCGCUUUGGAACCAAGAGCUUUUUGUGUGUGGGUUCUGUCGCGAUGGGAAUGUCGCUAAUUGCACUUGGCACAUUGACACUGCAGAGCCACACUAACCUCACCAGCCUGUGUAAAAGUCAAACUAUACUAAACCACACGCAAACGCCAUGGGAUUUAAACGGAACCUCUAUAGACUUGGACAACGGUAGCAUUUUUUCUACUGACCUCCCCAGCCAGUGGAGCAGUGAGGAGGCACAGCGGCCUAACAAAGAAGAUGAUGGGAUUGGGGAGUCAGGAGGAGGAAGGACUUCUGGAGAAGUGUCUUCCGUACUGAAGUGGGCGUCACUGAUCAGCUUGCUGGUGUAUGUGGCAGCCUUCUCCAUUAGCCUCGGACCAAUGGUGUAUGUGGUUCUCAGUGAGAUCUUUCCAAUGGGAGUCAGAGGCAGGGCGGUGUCUGUGGUGUCGGCUGUAAACUGGGCCACUAACCUGCUCAUCUCCAUGACCUUCCUCACAAUUACAGAAAAGAUUGGCCUUCCCAAUGUGAUGUUCCUCUACGCUGCCAUGUGCUUUGUUCUCCUGGUGUUCGUCAUCCUCUGUGUCCCAGAGACCAAAGGUCGCACGCUGGAGGAGAUAUCCAAAGAACUGGCUAAGAAGUGAAUGGCAGCUUCCGCAUGACUUUAAUGUUAUCGAUACCACAACUGCACACCUCACCUGAAGGAGAGUCGAUAGUAAAAGGAUCAAGAAGGACGAUAUAGUAUCACUGUUAAGACUCUGGGGUACAACUCGUAUAUCUCACCCACAUCUGUUCCAGCUGAUUCCUAUCAUUAUGUCUCUGUCUUUAAAGUUCCUUCUUGCUACAUGCUGUGUGUAUGUAAAGGAACAAAUCAAUAGGACAGGGAUGGUGGAAAAUGACAUAUGCAGUAAAGAAUUCAAUAAUUGAGAAGUAUUUGUGAAUUUGCUCAAAUGAGGAUAUCUCAGGGUUCACUCUUGCUUUUUAAAACGCAGCAAAAAAGGUAAACAAUGGGGAUUGAAUGUCGUUAUAUUUAUUUAGUUCCCUUCUUUCUUUACCUCCCUAUCUACGAAUACAGCUACAAUAAUUCAGGAAGGGGUAUUUUUUUUUUUUUUUGAUCUCAACUACGCACCUGUAAUGUUUUGUUACUGAAUCUUACAAAGUUACAACGCUACUGCAUUGCCAAAAUCUGUCCCCAGACAGAAUUGUGCACCUGAUGUAGUUCCUGCUACAGUAGGUGUUUCCAGGUCCACAUUUUGCUAUGACACACACACACGCAGACUCACGACGUGAAAACAAUACCGGCGUCGCUGUUGCGGCUGGUAAAGAUUGGCUUUUUGGACUAUCAUGGACAAAUCAAUGUACUAAAAAAUAAGACGCUAAUCACUUCAAAUGUCUGUGUAUGUAACAUUCUUUGAUUUGCAAACUACUUACUUUAACAUGACCAUUAUAUGCUGCUCCCUGUCAUAUGGGAUGUAAUAACAUAUACACCAACAGGGCUCAAACCAGUCAUACCAGUUAUGCUAAAGAACACACUGUAAUCUACAUUAAGUAGGGUGAGCCUGGUGUCUCUCUGGUGUCUGAUGAUGAAUCAACACGCUCAGUUUCGAUGUAAGCUAUGCCUGGCUGCUGAAUCCUCAACAAGAAAUAUUAAACUCAUCAGGUGUCGUAGUGAUAUUGAGUAGAUAGUAUAACUAGUACUGUAGUGUACGAAGAGUGAAAAGUGCUGAGUGUUUUUUUUUACUUGCGUCUGUAAUGCCAAAAUUAUAGUUAGGUGAUUAACAAGUGGGAUGUUUUACUGUGAGAAUGAAUGACUUGUGUGGACUUGUUAACAAUUAAAAUUGCACAUUUUUUAAUCUGUA